ACCCACGAAUACCCACUCUGACUGCCUUCCUCGCCGUUCCCGUGAGCGCAGGUGUACGACUUCGCAAUAUCUAGUACCUUAGCACAGUAGUGAGUUGUUUUGUCGUGUAGUGCUCCCACACGGCACAGGCAACUUUCAUAGAGGCACAGAGUAAAAAGGAUACGGCGUCAAAGCUAGCUUAAACAGUGGUUCAGAUGUACGCGUAAGCUCCAUCUACCCCCAUGCCCAUCACCGAAUUCGCAACCUUCCAAAUCAACACAGCCAUCACAUCCGACCCCCUUCCAACCCUCUUUAAACGAGUCCAAGAAUCCCAAUCCUCAUGGUCAUCGUACCCUGUCCUCUUCUACUCAGACGUGACGCGCUCAUCUUCAUCUUCCACCAUCUACUUGAUAUCAGGCUGGGAAUCCGUCGCAGCUCAUCAAAAGUGGAUUGAGAGCGCGGAGAAUCAGGAAUUGCUCAAGCUCUUUAAGCCUUACCUCCAGAUAACGGGCUUCUCCCAUCUAACUCUGGAUUUCAAUGAAUUCCAAAAGGGUGUUUCGUCCGAUCCCGAGGGGCUUUUGGCCGUCAAGAACGGACAGGUGCAAUGUGAUUUAGGAGAACCGCUAUGGACUGGACAAGGAUACGAUUUGGAGGAUGACAGCGGACCUUUAUUCCAAUUCGCGUUUUACCGAGGAGCGGAACAAGCCACGUCCAAAGAUGGGACUCUGCUCAUGAAACGCGUACCGGAAUUUUGAGCAUCCUUAAUGU